AUGGCAGGACGGGACCGGAUCGUGCAACUCUUGCGGCAGUUGGAGCGUGUGGCAUGCAGAUGUCCAGCCCACUCCAACGCCUUCCACCAAGGUGCUGCUGAACCCUGCACAGUGAGGAAGACAGACUACGCUUUUGAGAUGGCCAGCUCCAACAUCAGAUAUGGUCCUGGGGUCACCAGAGAAGUUGGAAUGGACGUAGCUGCCCUUGGAGCUCGCCGCGUGUGUGUGAUGACGGAUCAAAAUUUGGCCUCAUUGGCUCCGGUGAAGACGGUCCUCGAGUCUUUGGUCCAGAACCGCGUGGACUUCAGCGUGUAUGACCAGGUCCGGGUGGAGCCGACCGAUGCCAGCUUUGCGGCGGCCAUCUCCUUCGCGAAGGCGGGGCUCUUUGACGCGUAUGUGGCGGUGGGCGGGGGAUCUGUGAUUGACACCUGCAAAGCGGCCAAUCUCUACGCUUCUCACCCCGACAAUGACUUCCUGGACUUCGUCAACGCACCAAUUGGGAAAGGGCUUCCGGUCAAGGGGAAGGUCCCCCCUCUCAUUGCCGUGCCAACCACAGCAGGCACAGGCAGCGAGACAACAGGAGUAGCCAUCUUUGACUACGAGCCAAUGAGAGCAAAGACAGGCAUUGCGAGUCGGGAGAUCCGCCCCCUCCUCGGGAUCGUGGACCCGCUGCACACACUGAGCAUGCCCAGUAGAGUGGCGGCUAACAGUGGCUUUGACGUGCUCUGCCAUGCUCUGGAGUCCUACACUGCUCUGCCCUACCACCAGAGGGCGCCCUGUCCCCCAAGCCCUCAGCUGAGACCGGCCUAUCAGGGCUCCAACCCAAUCAGCGACGUGUGGGCGGAGCAUGCACUCAGGGUGGUGUCCAAGUACUUUAAACGGUAA